CCAUGUUUGUCACCUGGCUACUGAUCUCUGCUACUCUGUUAGGCUUCGUGGCCGCCGACAAUGGUGGAUUCACUUACAAUGGGUUCCACUCUGCCAAUCUGAGCCUAGACGGAUCAGCAGAGAUUACCCCUAAUGGCCUAUUGAAGCUAACAAAAGCCACUCGCUUGCUACAAGGCCACGCCUUCUAUCCCUUCCCAAUAGAUUUCAAGACUUCCCCCAAUGACUCUGUUCUCUCUUUCUCCACAAACUUUGUGUUCGCUAUUGUGCCCGAGGGUCCCAUGUUGAAUGGCCAUGGCAUCACGUUUGCCAUCACGCCGGCGAGGGGCGCUCCCGGUGCACGGCCGAGCAUAUAUCUCGGCCUGUUUAAUGACUCCAACAAUGGUAACGAUACCAAUCACGUCGUGGCGGUGGAGUUCGAUACUCUCCAGAGUAUAGAAUUCAACGAUAUAGAUGAUAACCAUGUGGGGAUCGACGUCAAUGGGCUCACAUCUUUGGUGUCCAAAUCCGCGAGCUAUUAUGACGGCAAAAGUGAUUCCUUUCGGAAUUUGAGUCUUGUGAGUGGAAAACCAACAAAAGUUUGGAUAGAGUAUGAUGGGAAGGCUAAGCAAAUGGAUGUCACAAUUGCUCCCCUGAAUUCUGGCAAGCCAAACCGGCCGAUUUUGUCUUUGCGCCGUGACCUAUCAACGGUCCUACACGAGACAAUGUUUAUUGGUUUCACAUCCUCCACGGGGACGCCGGCUAUUUCGACGCAUUAUAUUCUGGGCUGGAGUUUCACCAUGAAUGGCAGCGCUCAAGAAAUUGACACCUCUAAGCUUCCCAGGCUUCCCCGCAUUGGGCCUAAGAAGAAAUCUAGCCUUCUGGUGAUUGGUAUGCCUAUCAUUUUCACAGUUUCGCUAAUGGUACUUGUUUUGGGAUUGGCUUAUUGUGCAUUGAGGAAAAGGAUGUUCAAAGAGUUGCUUGAGGAUUGGGAGCUCGAGUAUGGGCCUCAUAGGUUCAAGUACAAAGAAUUGUACACCGCAACCAAUGGGUUUUCGGAAAAGGAGGUUUUGGGUGCAGGGGGGUUUGGUAGAGUCUACAAAGGAACACUGCAUAGCUCAAGAAGAGAGAUUGCUGUAAAGAAAGUUUUUCAUGAAACAAGGAAUGGGUUGAGGGCUUUCAUUACUGAAGUUGUUAGUUUGGGGCAACUUUGUCAUAGGAAUUUAGUUCCUCUUCUGGGCUAUUGUAGGCGUAAAGGGGAGUUGCUGUUGGUUUAUGAGUACAUGUCUAAUGGAAGUCUAGACAAGUAUUUGUACGGCGAACCGAAAUGUUCCCUGCCCUGGAGGCAAAGAUUUCAAGUGAUCAAAGGGGUGGCAUCAGCGCUGGUUUAUCUUCAUGAAGAGUGGGAGCAGUUAGUGGUUCAUCGGGAUAUAAAGGCCAGUAAUGUUUUGUUAGAUAGUGAAUGGAACGGAAGGCUAGGAGAUUUCGGGUUAGCCAAAUUGUACGACCAUGGAACAGAUCCUCAAACUACACAUAUAGUCGGAACUCUGGGGUACCUUGCCCCAGAACACAUUAGAACAGGCAAGGGCACAACGUACACAGACGUUUUCGCCUUCGGGGCAUUCUUACUCGAAGUUGCGUGUGGUAGAAGGCCUAUAGAGCCGAAAGGGCCGAGCGAGAAUUUUGUUUUGGUAGAAUGGGUAUUCUCUUGUUGGAACAAAGGUGAAAUUCUAAAUGUUGUUGAUCCUAAGCUGAGGAUGGAUUAUGUUGCGGAAGAAGCUGAGUUGGUUUUAAAGCUUGGGCUAUUGUGUUCUCUAUUGGAACCAACAUUUAGGCCGAGCAUGCGACAAGUUGUGUUGUACUUGGAAGGCUCUAUGGCUCCACCGGAGUUAUCAGCCCUCAAUCUCUCCACGGCAGGACUAACCAUUCCUCAAACUAGCGGCUUUGAUGGUUUUGUUGGGUCAUCAGCUUCGUUUUCUGGGUGCAAGUCAUGCUCAUAUUGUACCUCAGUUGAAAACUCUGUUCUUUCUGGAGGUCGAUGAUUUGAUAGAGUUGUAGUAAACUUUUUUGCUUGUUAGUCUAAAGUCUUGUGGUGUAUUUGAUAAUUUGAUGCAAUCAUUAUACAUCGAUCAUUGUCCACUUUACAAUGUAUGAUAUUAACAAUUUUCUUGAUGUUGUGGUCUAGUGGCACCCGGUGUCCCGGUUUACACUCCCA